AUGGCCGAGCAAUCCGAGGGUCAGGAACGAUCACACUUCACAAGGAGACUGCGAUCGAGGAGAAACGAGAGCGUUGCGAGUAGCCACGGCUCGUCUUUGUCAGCAAGCCGUCGGACUGGCCUUCUCACGCCCGAACAGAGUACUCUGACCGAGUCGCAAGCCACCGAGCCGGAUCAUGGGGACGCGCAGAUGCCACAACCCAACGAUGGAGGGCCCUCGAUCGCGAAGCCCUUUCCCUUCAUGGAGCUCCCCGCCGAACUACGCAUCCUUGUCUACUACAUGGCCCUGCACCGCGACGAGCCCAUCCUCCUCCACGCCCAGCGCGCGACGCCCGAGAAGAGCGAGGAAGACGACGUACCCGACAUCGUAAACGAGGCAAGAUCUCAGGCAACAAUGAGGAGCGGGCGCACCCGCGAACUGCCCCAUUACAUGCCUCUGCUGCCGAGACCUGCGUUUGCGCCGCCAGCGCCCGAAGACGCCAUCGUCCCCGCCAUCCUCCGCUUGAACCAGCAGACAUACAAAGAGGCGCGCCAAGUCCUGUACGGCGACAACGUCUUCACCCUCAGGCUGUCGAGUGGCGUCCACACGCUGUCUACACUACACCAGCGCUCGCGCAGCCUGAUCAAGCACGUCAUCCUCACCAUCCCCUCACACCACGACAUCCUCGACGGCUUCGCAGACCUGGUGCGCCUGGGUCUACGCUACCUCUGGGGCCUCAAGACCUUCAAGAUCAUCCUACAAGCCAGCUUGCCAGACGACGGACGCAUCCCUUCAGGCGCCACGAGCGUAUACGCGAACGCGUUCCACAUCCUGCGCUGGCUUCCCAAGGGCUGUAGAGUCAUACUUGAGGGGAACGUGUCGGAGGUUGUGCGCCAGGUUGUUACUGAGGAGGGACGGCUGCAGAGCGUGCUCGACGAUACGGGGUAUCAGAAGAGACAGCAUCAAAUGCCUGAGCGUCACUAG